UUUGGUUUGUUGUGAGGUUUUGAGGUUGGACAGAAUGAUAUGAAGGGUCUAUAUUUCAGCAGAUAUUAAUAAAUAUAUUGAUUAUAUUGAUCAGUAUUGGUCUGAUUGCAGAGGACAGUGCAGGUGGAGGAUGGACAGGUGUGUGUUCACACCUGGCCGGUGUCAGGUGUCUCUGAGUGAGAUUCUGGGCCUGCAGAACCAGCCAGUGUGUGAGGAGCAGGCCUGGGCGCUGUGUUACCAGCUCUGCUCGCUGCUGGAGCCCAACUUCAGCGCAGACCUGGGGGACGGGUUCGGCUCCUGGAAGAGCUUCCGGCUGCCUGGGCCUGAGGGCAUCCUGUUCUCCAGCGAUGGGAGCAUCUCAGUGAGGAUAGACAGUACUGAGACUGAUGAGCAGUUUCUGAUGGAGACUGAAGAUCAGACUGUGGACUACGUGGGGCGUCUGAUGUACUCGUGUCUGGACUGGGGGCUCGGAGCGGACGUGGAGCGGGAGCUGGACGAGACGCUGGAGCUGCUGGUGUCUCAGAUGACCAAAGUGGACAUCAGACUGGGAGCUGAUCACUGUCUUCAGCCCAUAUUCAGCAUUACUGAGGUUCUACAGGUUUGUGAGGAGCGCCUGUUUAACCCAAGUCAGGCUCUCCAACAUUACCGAAGUGUGUGUUCCACCCUGUACUCCCACACCAUCGAGCUCUGCCACUACCUGCAGAUCAUCCAGCAGAGCAAGGAGAGUUUGCAGAAAAUGAUCGUGGAAUCUGAGACCAGUCUGGUGCAAAAUAUCACAACCAACUGGACUGGUGCUCCAGAGUUUGGCUGGAAGGAUCUGAUGGAGGAGCUCAGUAGAGGGGUGGUGUUGCGCCCCCCGAAGGUGAAACCGGGCACCAGCGCCUCCCUGCCUGUGGACACUUCACCCUUCAGUCAGCUGCUGCAGGACAUCCAGCUCAGACGCUACACACUGCGCAAAGUACAGACGGGGCGGAAGGAUCAGAGCAAGUCGGACCCUCAUCAGGCCCUGCUCAGCGUUAUACGCUCAGGACCUAAACUCCGUCCAGUCUCAGAGCGUAACCUAAAGCCCAGAGUCCUGAAUCCUAAACAGGAGACCAGCCUGCAUGAGCUGCUGAUGCAGGAGAUCCGAUCAGCUGACCCGGUGAAGCUACUGAACUCCUGCAGGAGGGGUCAGUCUUAUAAAGAAUCAUCUCAUGAAGACGUGACCUCCAGCUCUCCGAAUCCACUCCCUCAUCCCAGCCAACAGGGGGCGCCAUCCAAGGGAGGGACGUGUAAAGGCAGCUCUCCUGCACUGGACGACAGUUUUACAGGUGAGGGGAAGGUGAGGUUCUUGCCUGGUCUCUCCUCCACGCCGAUGGGUACGACUGCAGGAUGCAAGCUGGCCAAUAGGAAGCGCCGGGCCAGAUCAUUCGCCAGCCACCGCGAGAUUCACCUGGCUCUAAAAAGCAGGGUGACCGUUCCCAUGACGAUUGCUGAUGUGAUUAAAAUGCACCAAUCCAGUGAUGAGAAAACCACGUCGUGUGACGCUGUCAGGAACUGGCGGGUGUGUUCGAGCUGCAUGAAGAAGAGUGUGUAUUUCACCUUCCAUAACUCCUGCUCUCUCUGCAGUAGGGUUGUGUGUCCAGACUGUCGUAUAGAGAUGCGUCUGCCGUUUAAAUGGUGCGUGAAUCUUCCCCUGAGCUUCUUUAAGAAAAUUGUGCUGAAUUCAGACAGUGAGCAGAGCCAGAGGAACUUCUGGAACGAGCGCUGGUCCUGGGACCCGUCCUGGGUUCCUCUGGUUCUAGAAGCUUGUAUGUCCAGCUCGGUGUCCCUCCACAGCCUGGCGAUGAGGGACUGGCACAGUCAGGACGUCUGCUCGGGCUGCCAGGACCUUCUGGUGGAGGCCUGUGAUACAGCACAGUCCCGUUGCCCGAUCACUGACCCUCAGGAGAUCUGACCCUCAGAACCGGGUCAGGCGUUUUUAUCGCGUGCGGACGCUGCAGGUGGAUGCUGGCGUGAAUUUUUUUUGGUGUUUGUCUUAAGAUAUUGUUGUGUUUUUCUCAUUUUUACACAGUAUUUUGGUGCUUCUAAGCUCCACUUUAACACUGUUCCUAUAGCCACGUUCACUGUGGAGGUGUGUCCUGUUUUUUUCCGUGUGCGUUUAUUUUUUAUUGUUAGAGAUCUGGUUUAAUUUUUGGGCUGCUAAUCACGGUGGCGUUCACUCGUAACAGCGUUCUAGUUGUAUGAAAUGUUUACCUUUUUUUAAAGACAGUUUUAAAUGUAAUAUUAAGGUAAAUAAAUGUAUUUUUUUCUA